AUGGCCGAGCAGGGCGGCGCCGCCGGGGAGGCCGCUGGCAGCGACCCCCCUGCGCCUGCGCCUGCCCCGGCGCCAGCGCUUGCUGCGGACGCGGCCGGGCAGAGGUCGCUGCCGACGCCGUUCCUGACCAAGACGCACCAGCUGGUGGACGACCCGGCGGUGGAUGACGUGAUCUCGUGGAACGAGGACGGGUCGACGUUCGUGGUGUGGCGGCCGGCGGAGUUCGCGCGCGACCUCCUCCCCAAGUAUUUCAAGCACAACAACUUCUCCAGCUUCGUGCGGCAGCUCAACACCUACGGAUUUAGGAAGAUGGUGCCCGACCGGUGGGAGUUCGCCAACGACUUCUUCCGCCGUGGGGAGAAGCGCCUGCUCUGCGACAUACACCGCCGGAAGGUAGCGCCGGCUCCGGCCACGCCAGUGGCGGGGCUGGCGACCGCCGCCGCCGCCGCGGCGUCCGGGGCGGUGACGGUGGCCGCGGCGCCGAUCCCCAUGGCGCUGCCGGUGACGCGGCCGGCCUCACCGGCGCUCUCUACCGACGAGCAGGUCCUCUCCUCGAACUCCGGAUCCGCCGAGGACCACCCGCAGGCGGCCGCGUCCGGCUCCGCUGGCGCGUCGGCGUCCGGCGACACGGGCGAGGAGAACGAGCGCCUCCGCCGGGAGAACGCGCGGCUGACCCGCGAGCUCGGCCAGAUGAAGAAGCUCUGCAACAACAUCCUGCUCCUCAUGACCAAGUAUGCCUCCUCCCAGCAGCUGGACGCCUCCGCAGCGCUGUCCUCCGUCGUUAACUGCUCCGGAGAGUCGUCGGAGGCCGCACCCGCGCCUCCGCCCCUCCCCCGGGCGAUCCUCGACCUAAUGCCCGCGUGCCCGGGUCUUGCCACCGCGGCCGCGGGCCUCGUCGCCGAAGCGGACCCCGACCAGGCCGCGAGGCUGUUCGCCGCCUCCAUCGGGCUGAAGCGGAUGCGCGACGAAGACGACACCGGCGAGGAACAGGCGGACCACGGCGCCGGAGCGGAGGUGAAGACGGAGGCGUCGGAUCCGCAACAACAACAGCAUCCUAGCAGUAGCAACGAGCCGUCGCCGGACCAGCACCCGUGGCCGAUAUACCGGCCCACGCCCGUGUACCAUUCGAUGCGGCCCUGCAACGGGCCGGACCAGGGUGCCGGGUCCGACCAAGACGGGUCCAACUCCAGGUACUAUCUGAAUGAUUUUAGUGGUGUAGAUAUGAACAUAUUAUCUAGACAGGAGAAAUUUAACUUCACUCAUUUGAGCCUCCGCAAUGUCGUCGAAAGGACAUUUGGGGUUCUCAAAGCCUGUUGGCACAUAUUGCAUGGGGUACCGUUCUGUUAUAGGGAAAAGCAAAAGAUGAUUAUUAUGCACACCAACGGAUUCAGCAAGUGA